CGUGGUAGUCAUUAAAGAAAAACCCGCAAGCUCCUCUUGGGACGCAGGGCCGGGAGCAGCUCGCGGAAUGGCUCUCACUGGUCGGGUGGUUCGCCCCGGAGUAGCGGAACCCGCUGUCCCACGGCCCGAGUUUCCGGGGGGACAGUCAUCGUGACCGGACGCUGUGGCGCGGCGGUUUAAUUCUCCGGCGGCGGCUGGUGGAGCGGGACGCGAUGGUUUUGACGGGGCUCAUCAGGAAACUCGGUCACCAGCUGGCGGAGAUCCGCGAGCGCGCCCUGCGGACCGUGCUCUGCAAGGUGGAGCUCAACCUGGUCGGCGCCGCCGACCUGGCCCAGGACCGGCUGCUGUUCGUGCACCUGCUGCAGUGGUUCAACUUCCCGUCCGUCCCCAUGAAAGCAGAGGUGCUCAGCCUUCUGAACCGGCUGGUGAAGUACUCCCCAGCAGUCCAGCAUUUGGUUGAUCUUGGUGCAGUCGAAUUCUUAUCUAAACUUCGUGCUAACGUGGAACCGAAUCUACAGGCUGAAAUCGAUGGCAUUCUGGAUGGACUUUUUAUUCUUCCUUCAGAAGUCCCUGCACUGUGCUCUGCAUCUUACCAGACCGAUCAGAUUGAAUUGCCACAGCCACCUGAAAUCUUAACAGGAUAUUUUCCUCAAGACAGAAGUCAUUUCCAGCAGAUGGAAGUGCCUCCAGCACCCGUGGCGACUCAGACUACGAGGUGUUUGAAGUUUUCUACAUUUCCUUGGCUACCCCUGACCACAACUGACAGACACGUCCUCUCCUCUAAUGAAAGCUCUCUAAGAAGUAGUAACCACACUUUGAUCUGGAACACCUGUGAACUAUUGAAGGAUGUUAUCAUGCAAGAUUUUCCUGCUGAGAUUUUCCUUCAAAGGCCGAACAUUGUUCAGAGCCUGUUCUCUCUGCUGAAGCUGGCCUUCGGAGGCGAGGGGACACCUCGCUUGGCACUGCAGUCGGUGUCCUGCUUGCAGCAGCUGUGCAUGUGUUUACGACAUAGACUUCACUUCUACCGAGAUCCAGGCUUUUUCUCUUGCAAACAAGAUACAGUUUCCCAAAAUUCCUCUUUGUCUUAUUGCUAUGAAGUAAGAGUUACUCAUCAUUCUCAGAACCCUUCUCCAGGAAGCAGCAGCCCCCGGCCUUCUGUGGUUGGACGCACAGGCCAGCGCCCUAGAGGAGAUGGCCAGGAUUGGGAUGCAGUGUCAUCCAGCGGGAGUAGCAGUCAUGCGCUCGUGAACUCCAGGAUUUCUGUCCCCUCACCUCUGGAUGUGGCACACAUCGACCUGCCCGAGCUGGAAUCGGAAGACAUGCUGCAGCUGCAGUUCCAGCAGCUCAGCCUUCCCCAGUUCUGUGUCUGCCUCCUGGAGUCCACAGUGCCUCUCUUGAGAACAGGUAGCAGACAGAUGAUAAUAAGAGUUUUGGAAUUGCUUGCGGAGGAUUUGAUACUUAUUGGUGAAGCAAUUUCAGUAGAUAUCUGGGACGACAACAGUCUUUUUGCUAUAGAUAUGAAAGAGAAGCUGCUCGCAGUGCUGGGGUCCCUGGGAGAAACCAUGUGCUACCAUCAAAGUAGCAUCGGUGUGGAGCACACAGAGGCAGUUCGCAGGCUCCACAGAAUGGCCUUUGUCAGCAUCUCACUGUUUGCAGCUCGGCUGCUGCAGAUGCUACUCCCUGUUGAAAAGGCAAGCCACUUUUUACCAGAGUCUAUGUCAGCAGCAUUGUUUCUAGUUUCAUUGGACAUGCCUAUUUCUUUGGAAUACCCAAACAUUCACGAAGCUGCUGUGGCCUAUUUGGAACAGCUGAAUUCUGAAAACUACAGCAUUUAUAAACGAGCUGCAGAGGCCGUUUAUUCCAUUGAGUGUGCCUGUAACUUCCUGUCUGAUGUUGGGAAGGAGGGAGAGAAGAAUCUUUUAGAAUUAGUGGAGAUGGCAGACCAUGCCUUGCAUAGCUUUUCCUAUCAUUAUCAUUUACCUCUAAUAGAGGAAAUCAUCAACCUUUGUUCAAAGAUCUGGAAAUCAGCACAGGCCAGUCCAUUACUACAAGGGGAAAGUCAAAAAGUGUUUCUGCGUAUGUUGUCUCACCCAUUGCUACAAGUGAAAGUUGAAACUUAUCACUGCUGUCUGGAAAUUGUUAAGGAAUGUUUAGGUGUCCAUAAUGUCACUAAACCUGUGUCUUCACUCUGUAGUGGAAUUCAUUUUCUACUUCACCCAAAAGUCUUGUAUGAAAUCUCUGCAUUUGGCAUUCAAGAUCCCAAAAAUGAGGUGAAUGCUGCAGCAAAGGCCAUCCUGCUGUACCUGCUGCAGGGACAAUUGAUGAUGACAGCGCUGACCUGGAACAGGUUUAUCGAGUCUCUGUGUCCUGUCAUCCCAGUGCUGCAGGGCUAUGCUGACCCGGAAGACCCUCUGGGGAACUGUAUCCUCCUCCUAAGCAAGGCGAGUUCUGAGGGAGGCGAGGAGGUCCUCCCCUGCACCACCCGGCUCAAGUCCAUUCUGCGGCUCUUGCUCGUGAAGAAGCCGUCGGUCCGUUCACUAGCAUUGAAGCUGUUAGUCUGUCAUCUUACCAGGGAGGAAGGGGCUGAGAGAAAGCGCCCUGCAAUGGAUGCCAGAGUUCUCGCCAGAGCUACUAACUUAUUUAUCGUGAAAAAACCUAUUGAACUCAAAUUGGAUGACAGGAAAGAGCUGAUUAUUAAGUUGGAGACUGUUGAAAAGGUAUAUGAAAUCUUUAUUUCAGAUGACAUUGACCUUGUUUUGAGAAAGUCAGCUGCAGAACAGCUUGCUGUGAUCAUGCAAGAUAUUAAAAUGCAUGCUGUGGUGAAAAAGUUGUGCUUAAUUGACAAGAUAAUUGAGUAUUUAAACGAAUGUGUGGGUGAGGAUGGUGAGUUGAUAGAAUGUCUGAUCCAGCCCAGCCUCACACUCCUGAGGAAGGUUCUCUGUGCGGACCCAGGCGCCCGUGUUUCCCUCGCACAGCAGGCUUCUCUGCUGACUCUGCUGUUCAGAGUUUCCUUGAUAUUUCAUGAAGAUUAUACUGUGGUGACUGAAGUUGGAGCAUUAUUUUGUCUCCUAUUAUUUGAUGAAGUAUCAAGAAUGGAUAUGUGGUCUGUUAUUCCUCCCAGUCAACCUGCUUCGCCAUCAGUCUUCAGUUUGCCGGUUUCCAUUUUUAGAAGGUAUCACCUACCAGUACAUGUACUUGGCCACCAUGCUGUGAGUCCUUACUCCAUAGUGUUGCCGUUAUCUGCUGAUUGUUUGGCCCUGAAGCCAGUCUCAGAUAUGCUUCGAAUAGCUUGGAACCUCUCCUGGUAUCAUGGGACUGAGAAUCUGUUGAAGCAAAUGAACUCUGAAACGAAAAUCCAAGAAUUCUUAGACACACUGAACUUAUCCUCAGAGGACACCCUUACUCUGAAGGUGACAAACACAGCCAGUGGCCUGCAGGACUGUCUCCAUGCUGUUGUUCAGGCUGCCGCCCAUAGAGAAGUGAGGGCUGCUGUCACCAGCAUGAGUUUUUACUUUCUGAAUGACAGAUUGUCUUUCAAGGGGGGCACUAGCCCAUGUGGGGCUGCCUUGAAGUUCUUGGCUUGGCAUACCGCACUAAACAGGUUUUUACAAGUGCUUCCUGCUUGCAUUGAAGAUGAGAAACUGCUAAUAGAUAUCAUACAUUUUUUAAAUAAGUUAUUGAAGGAGCAAAGAAAAAAUUCAUCAGUGGAACUUCUAAACUGGCUUCUAGAAUUACUUCUUAGACCUAGUCCAAACCCUUUGUUAGACCUGCUGGUUCUGACAGAGUCACAGGCCCGAGAAGAGACAGAUGACUUCCGGACGGCUGUCAGGCAACAGCUCCAGAAGGAACUGAUGGCUCUUUACAACACCCUGCUGCUCAGUUUCGGGGCAGUUACUGACAGGAAAUGCUUGGAACUUUUUUACGUUUUCCAAACACAGCUGGCUCUGAAACUGCUCCAGUGCCUGAGAGUUACGGAUGCUCCUCACUUCUAUGGCCUGCCUUCCCUCGAGAGGACCUUACGAGGGAUGGCUCAUCUCACAGCACUGCCCGGGUGGAGCUCACAUUCUCCUCUUGCAAAGCCGCUCGAAAUUUGUGGGAAGUACUUAGCAGGUCUCCUGGAAGUCAUCACUUCCUUUUAUGUGGAACGUGGAGGAAAUGCUAUGUCCUUCAUGGGAAAGGGGGUGACAAAGAGCACGAUUCUUUGCUUGCUUCACUUAUCUCAUGAGAUGAUGGCCGAGGCCCAGAGCUCGGAGUGGAUGCCACUUUGGUUCUUGCCUUUGGGGGGUCAUGGUGAGGAGCACACUCCUAUACAGCAAGGAUUGGCUUGGCUGAUUCCGUUGUGGGUGGAUCGCGACCCAGAGGUGAGGUUCACUUCUCUGGGAUUAGGAUCUGCACUGACCACCCUAGAAACUGGCUGUGUGGCCUUGGCCAACAGCUGUCAGAACAUUUCUGGUGGGCUCUGGGGAACUGUGGUGAACAUUCUUCUGGACCAGUCAGAAUGCAGCAUGGUGCGCCGGGAGGCUGCCUUUAUUCUUCAGAAUCUCCUUGUAAUUCCAAUGCCAUCAGUAAUUGUAAAGGAUUAUACUUGGCAGGGCCCCUGUGUCCAUGAUGAGGACUCUGGUCUGUCGCUGGUAGGAAAGCCUGCGCUGCAGGCUCUCUUGUAUCACUGCCAUUUCUAUGAACAUUUGCAUCAGAUGGUGAAACAUUGUUACCUGGGACUGUAUACCUUUUAUUCGAGUUGUUCUGCUCCUAAUGGAACUUCAGAAAGCAGUGAUUUAAACGGUUUGGAUGACUCACUCAAGUUUUGGAGGGCUCCAUCUAGAAUGUCCCAUCAAGACCGAGACCCUAGUUCUCUCUCCACUUCGGAAACAAUGGUGGCAUCUUCAUCGGGGAGUGUGGGACUAUCAUCACCGGUGACCUCAGCUGCGUCUCUCCCGGAAGCCUCACACGACCAGUUUGUGGCUCCAGGUCAGCCUGAAACAGUGUCCCCACGGCUCCCUCAUGACUCUUCCCUUUCUGCUCUCCUGCCCAGACCAUGCAUCCUGGUCACCCCACCCCUGCUGUCAGCUAUUUGCAGCCUCUCAGACAGCCUCCUGGUGAUUGCUCCACAAGACACAGCAUCUGCCUUCCGACAGGCUCGGCUCAUAGAGCUGCUCUGUGGUAUUGCAGAUGCCACCCUCCUAGAGACAUGUGUCCAGGAACUCAAGGCCCCGCUGCCUUCGUCACCCCCGGUGGAACACACGGGGGCUCAGGUGUCCUUUCUCCUUGAGUACCUGGCAUCCUUGUCCAGGCUUUUGCAGUCAUGUUUAUUGGUUGAUCCUGACCUUGUGAUUCAGGAUGAGCUUCUGAAACCUCUUAUUACAAACAUCAUCCGAGUUCUUACCAUAUGCACCAAAGAUCUGUUUGAUGCAGAGUUAGCAUUGGCAUUUUAUCAGACGUGGACACAUUUAUUUAACCUCCUGGCCACCCUCCUGAGGAAAGCAGGAACUGCCUCGCUGCCACCCAUCACGACGGGUCUGGCCAAGCACUGGGCGGCAGUGGUUGAUAUGUUCUGCAAAUGUGUGGGUUUGUCUACUACCAGCCCCUCUCUCUGCACUGCCAGCCUGCAGUUCCUUUCUAUUCUCUUGACUGAAGAAGCAAAGAGGCGUCUUCGGGAUAAGGAUAAAACAGAUUCAUGCCCCAGUUCAACAAUGGCUUCACUUCUUGAUAAAACUCAGGAAAACCAGAAGUCUCUAGAACGACUUACUGAAGCCAUUAUUCAGUGCUACGAAGGGAAACCCUCCAAAGAUGUCUUGAAGAGAGUGGCUGCGAAUGUGCUGUUGUCGCUGCUGGCUGUCAGUAGGAGGGCUCAGAAGCUCGCUUUAAAAGCCGAUCUCAUCGACAACUGCAUUGAACAGAUGAAGCACGUCAGUGCCCAGCUGAGCCUCGAUUCCCUGAGGCCAGGGAAAGCCGCGCUCAGGAAAAAGGAGGAUGGCUUUGUUAAAGAGUUAAGCACUGCCAUGCAGCUUCUGAGAAACUGUCUCUAUCGGAAUGAAGAAGGUAAAGAAGCAGCUCUUGAAGCUCAUCUUGUCCCUGUCUUGCACUCUCUCUGGCCCUGGCUUUUGAUGGAUGAUUCAUUGAUGCAAAUCGCCCUGCAGCUACUUUGUGUCUAUACAGCAAAUUUUCCAAAUGGUUGCAGUUCUCUUUGCUGGUCAAGUUCUGUACAGUAUCCCGUUCUAGCUGUGUACAGAGGAGCCCCCGGCAACUCUUUGAUGCUGUGUAUCCUGAAGUUGGCUUCCCAGGUGCCUCUUGAGAACCCCACAGUUCAGCAGAUGGUCUUCAUGUUCCUUUCCAACCUGGCAUUGUCUCAUGACUGUAAAGGAGUAAUUCAGAGAACUAACUUCUUGCAGAACUUCCUGUCUCUCACAUUGCCAAAAGGAGAAAAUAAACAUCUUAGCAAUCUGACCAUUCUCUGGUUGAAGUUGCUCCUGAACAUAUCGUAUGGAGAAGAUGGGCAGCAGAUGAUCCUGCGGCUUGAUGGCGGCUUAGACUUGCUGACAGAGAUGAGCAAGUUCAAGCACAAGCGCAGCCCUUGUCUGCCUCUCCUUAUUUUUCAUAACAUUUGCUUCAGUCCUGCCAAUAAGCCCAAGAUCCUGGCCAGUGAAAAAGUGCUGAGUGUGCUGGCUGCCUCUCUGGAAAGUGAGAGUCCCAGUGCUCGGAGGAUCGGCGCAGCCGCACUUUGGGCUCUGAUUCACAAUUACCAGAAGGCAAAAACGACUUUGAAAAAUUCAUCAAUAAAAAGAAGAGUGGAUGAAGCAUAUUCCUUAGCAAAGAAAACUUUUUCAGACUCAGAAGAAAACCCCCUGAAUGCCUAUUAUUUGAAAUGUCUUGAAAACCUCCUGCAGCAGCUGACCUGUCCCUGAGGACCCAGGCGCUCUGCUCUGCAGCCAUAGCCUCUGGACAGGUGGACAGCCGUGAAGCCAGCUGUAUGCACAGCUAUUGCCCGAGGACAGGCAAGCCCUCUGCCCGGGGUGACACCUUCUUUCCUGACCGACAUUGAGUGAUGCCCAUCUCUGUCCCUUCACCUCCCACCAGCUCUGUAGUUAAGAGCAGCAGCCGACCAGAAGAUGACGGAAAAAGCAUAGAAAGUGCUGGGGACAUAAAAAUUUUUACCUUUUCUAUGCAAUUUGCUUUGUAAAAAUCCUAUUUAACAAUUAUUUAAUAAAAUG